UUUUUUUUUUCCUCAUCCAUUUCAUUCGUUUCCCUUCAUUUAUUUUACUUCUUCUUAUUACUGCCAUGUCUUCUGUCCAGCACAAGUUCCUUAAGCAAAAGUCUGUUGGCGUUGUUGGCGUCCCUUUCUCUGGUGGCCAGCCUAGAGCUGGUGUUGACCUUGGUCCUCUCAAGAUCAUCGAGUUUGGACUCUUGGACCAACUCAAGGAACUCAACUGGCAGGUCAAGUUUGAUGGCCACCGCGAUUACACUGCCAUGAAGCCUGCCUCUGAUCCUCCAGUUGGCAAGCUCCUCAAUGCUCGCCAUGUUUCUGCUGUGACGGAAUCUGUUGCUGAAUCCGUUUCUACUCAUCUCAAGGAGGGCUCCCUUGCCCUUACCUGGGUGAGCACUGAGAGCGGCAAUAUCCACGGCUGCCCUAUUUCCUUCUUACUUGGAAUUGCUGGACAGAUCAAUGAGUUUAGCUGGGUCAAGCCUUGCCUUAGCCCUGAUCGCAUUGUCUAUAUUGGUCUUCGCGAUGUCGAUGCUGGCGAGAAAAAGAUCUUACGGGAGCAUGGCAUUAAGGCUUUCUCAAUGCACGAGGUUGAUAAGUAUGGUAUCUCUAAGGUUGUUGAGAUGGCCAUCGAACAUAUUUCUCCCAACCUCUCACACCCUAUCCAUCUCAGCUUCGACGUUGAUGCUCUCGACCCUACAGUCGCCCCUUCCACUGGACUGACCUUCCGUGAGGGUCAUUACAUCUGCGAGGCUAUUCACGAGACCGGAUGUUUAGUUUCAAUGGAUUUGAUGGAGGUUAACCCUUCACUUGAGGAUGAUAACGCUGUCUUCCAGACCGUUACCAUUGGUUGCUCUUUGGUGCUGCGCUUUGGAGAGACUCUUCUCUAAAUCAUUAACCUCCUUGCAUCUUGUCGCCGGAACCCACAAAAAAAUUGAUUCAAAAGGCAUUGGCAUGACAUCCAUUUUUCCCUUGCUCCUCAAUCCCGAAUUUACAGUAAAAAAAAAAAAAAAGCAUCAAAACAUUUUAAAAUUAACAAAAAGC